GUGUGUUACAAUGGAUAGGAUAAAACAUUCUUCCUGUAAGUAGCAAGAGCAGCUACAUUGUGUUUCGUAUUUUCAUCCUGCAGAAACUGCGCUAACAGUUUUGUUUUUUAGAUAAUAGGUUUAACAAUAUUUCAUGCAAGUGAAGAAGCAAAAUUUAAUUUUGAUAUUAUUGAAAUAUUUGUACCAGAUACAAAAGCAUGUAUUCGACUAGAUGGAAAAUAUGAAAUAUUCAAUGAAAUUAUUGAUUUUAAUUGUCAAGAAUCACAAAUUGUUUAUAUAGUUCAAAUUAAAUCAGGUUUUAGUACACUAAAUGAAACAGCAGAUAUAAUUUUAACUCUUAUUGGUGAAGAAUCUUCUAUUGAAUGGAUAUUAUUAACAUGUGAUGAUGAUACUAAACCAUUUCGUACUGGACAACUUGAUACAUUUUAUAUUCCAACGAAGAGAUUAGGCAAAAUUCGUGCUGUGAAUAUUAGCUGUUCAAAUGUGAAUAGUAAUUGUAAAUGGUUUUGUGAAAUGAUCUAUGUUCAUGAUACGGUUUUUAAUAUUAAAUCCAAUUAUAUAAUUAAUCGUUGGUGUGGUGAUUGUCAUGAAUCAGAUUUUAUUGAUACAUUGAAUACAACAAGUAAAACAACUUUAAUUCAACCAGCAUCAACUAAAUUACUAACAACUUUUCUUAUGACAAUAAAAACUGGUAUUCGAACAAUAACAAAUCCAAGUUUAACACCUUCAAUUUAUGUUUUCUUUGCUGGUCAAUUUGGAAGUUCACCUAUUAUUCAUUUAAAUGAACUUACUGAUCGAAUGGAUUUAUUUCAAUCAUUAGAAAUCGAUGAAUUUAGUUUUACAAUACCAGAUACAGGCAUGCCGGAUACAAUGCGUAUUUGGAAUACAGAAGAUCUUGCUCCAUGGACAUGUGAAUAUAUCGAUAUUAAAAAUAUAAAUAAUUCAAAAACAGUUCAUUUUCCAAUGGGUGUUGAUUUACAAAAAGUUGAUUCAUUAUUUCCAUCAUAUAUUGAUCUUGAAGUUGAUAUUGGUCGUGUAACACUUUCAUUACCAGGACCACGUAAUGAUGCUGCAUAUCCAUCAUAUCAAUUAAUUAUUCGAACUAAAGAAGCAAUAAAUACUAAAGAUAGUCUUGUUAAUAUUCAAAUCAAAGGUGAUAAAAAUCAAUCAAAAUUAAUUCCCUUAAUUGAAAGUGAUAAUGAUUAUUCAUUUGAAACUGAAAAAACUUCAACAUUUUUUCUCUAUGGUAUUUGUUCUCUUGGAGAAUUAAAAGAAAUUUCAAUUUAUUUUGAUGGAAAUCAUACAAAUACAAAAUGGAUAUGUGAAUAUAUAAUUAUUUAUGAUUAUUUAAAUAAUCAAUAUUAUGGUACUAAAAUAAAUACUGAUGUAAUUUAUGGCAAAUAUAAAUUAGGCAUAAUUAAAAAUAUUGAUCCUAAGAAUUUGAAUCAAGAACUUGAUCGUAUAGAAACUGAAUUGAUCGAUGAAAAAGUUCGAGAAUCAGAUCCAAUCUACAGAAUAUUAUAUAAAACUCAAGCAAAUGUAUUAACAAAUAUAACACGAAAUGCUGAAAUUCUAAUACGAUUAGUUGGUGAUGAAUCGACCUCAUUUUUUCCUCUUGAACAUAAUCGUCCAUUAAUAUCUGGAUCUAUCAAUGAAUCUUUCUAUCGAGGAAAUGAAUAUAUUAACGGAUUAAAUAAAAUAGAUCUUCAAUUACUUGAUAAUGAUAAUACUCGAUGGGCUUGUGAAUCGAUUGAAAUUCAGAAUUUAUUAACAGAUGAUAUUGUUAUAUUUCCCAUAAAUGAUAUUAUUGAAGCAACAAUAAAAACAGAUAUAACAAAUAAAAAAAUAACAACAUGGAAAUCAGGUUUUAAAUCUGGUAUUGUCUAUUUUAUUCGAGUACGAACAGGAUAUCAAGGUGCUUCAUUAAAUUUUCGUUUUGGUUCUGUAUAUUUAUCAUUAAAAUUAUAUGGUGAUUCUGGUGUAUCAAAUGAAAUACCAUUACGUAUUCCAUUAGAACAAUUAUAUUAUCUUAAAUGUAAUCAAACAGAUACAUUUGAAAUAGGACAAAUGAUAUCUGUUGUUGGUCAAAUAACUUCAAUUGAUAUAUAUCAUAAUGGAAAAAAAGAAGAUUUUUGGCAUAUUAAUUGGAUUAAUAUAACAGAUAUAACAACAAAUAAAUCAUUUCAUUUUACAAUUGAGAAAUAUCUAAAUAAAGAUUUAGGAACGAAUUCAAAAGUUUUACAUAUUCCAGCGGACAUAUCAAUAAGAAAAUCAGAAAAUGGAUUCGAUUCCAUACCGAACUAUGCAAUACGUAUUAAAACCGGUACACAAACACCUUUACAUACGGAAGAAACUAAUGAAUCAUCUGCCGUAUCAAUUGUAUUAAUCGAUCCAGUGAAUGAUUCAGUUCGUAUACCAUUAAAACGAAUAAAUAGUUCCGUGCGAUCAAUAUUUCAACCUGGUCAAGAAGAUCGAUUUGAUGUUACUAUUAUACCAAUGUUAGAAUUAAAAGUAUUACAAAUAUAUUUUAAUGGCACAUUUCCUUGGUUUUGUGAACGAAUAACUGUUAUUGAUCAAAUCAGUGGUUUAUCCUAUCGAUUUGAUGUUGAACAAUGGUUUAUAGAAAAUACAUAUGAUAAUCCAGUAAAUAUUUUUGGACAACGGGAAGAUGAUAUUGGUUGGAUUUAUUCUGUAACAGUAAAAACGCAAGCUGUUCUACCUGUACAAACAAGUCUACGAGGAAAAAUUUUAUUAUCAAUUUAUGGCGAAUAUGCUUCAUUAAAUGAUGCUAUCCUUGGUUCAGGACGAUUAAUGCACGGAUUAUUUCAUGCUGGAGGAGAAGAUAUUAUUGAACUUAAAAGUAACAAACGACUUGGAGAAAUUAAUUCAAUUGAAUUACAUCUUGAAGUAGCUGAAUGGCAAUCAUGGUUAUGUGAUAUGAUUGAAAUUAUUGAUUCCACUGCUAAUUGGGAUUUUUUAUCACGUACAAUGAUAACAAAGACUUAUAAAUUUCCAAUAAAUCGUUGGCUUGGUGCACAUGCUAUGGAUAAACGAACUGUUAUUCAUUCAUUAAUAAAUCAAGAACCUGGUUAUGCUAAAAUGCCAACAUAUAUAAUUCAUAUAUUAACUGGUACUAAAAAUAUGAAUAAUGAAUCUGAUAUACCAAUAAAUGUUUAUUUACAAUUAUUUUGUACAAUAUCAAAUAAUGUCUAUGGACCUAUUCUAUUAGAUAAAUCAUCAAAUAAUACACAACCAUUUCGUAAAGGUCAAAUCGAUGAAUUUUAUAUAAAUGAUUUAUCUUAUUGUGGUGAAAUUAAAAAAAUUCGUCUAUGGCAUGAUGGUGGUAAAACAAUAUCAUGGCAUUGUGAAUGGAUUAAAAUAACAAAUGUACAUAAAAAUGAAAUCUAUGAAUUUUCAGUUGAAAAAAUUUUAGAUGAAGACUUAGAAGAAGGUUCAAGUAAUUUAAUUUUGUAUAGUGAAAAAAAAGAUGAAAUGAAUGAAAGUGAACUUGCUACACCACAAUCAAUAAUUUCGUAA